UAGAAAUAAUGAUUUUUAUUUCAUCAUUUUUUAUUUUUUGUUCAUUUUAUUUCAAUUCAUCAUAAAUGUCAAAGUGUGAAUUUUUGAAGUAACAUUUUUGUUUUAUAGUUUUUGGAAUAUAUACAAAUUUAGUGAAAAAUGUUACCGCCAAGUCAAACUCAAAAGUGUGCUAUGGUGCAGUUGUAUUGUUCGGAGCAAAUUGCUAUUCCAGAAACUUUUCCAAAUAUACUAAAAACCUACGCUAAAGCUGCCAUUCGCACACAACCAUACGAUUUACUCAGAUGGUCGGCUGACUAUUUUCGUUGCUUGGCAAAUAACGCACCACCUCCGGCAAAAAUCCGUUUAGAACGAGCUUGCCGACAAGGUAGCAUAACAAAAGGAUACUUAAAGGUGCUCGUCGCUCAGGUCGGAAAAGGAUUCUUCAUUAGCCGUUGCUUACUGCAGGAACGUUGGAAGGCCCUUUGCCUGGACGAGGAUGAUCUGCUUAAGUACUUAUCACUUUGCCGGAUGUUGAAUUGGCCUCAAGUUCACUGGCUGAAGGUGCUUGCCGUAAUGAUUGGAUCCUUGAACGAGUCGCCAAACGACACCAUGGUGAUGCUGUGCGAACUAUUGACUGAUGACAUGGAUGGUGGUCUGGCAAGGAUACCAUAUUGGAUGUUCAAGAUCUGUUACACCUUUGUGGCAAAGCUGGAGUGUUCACAGGAGCAAUGUUUCGUUAAUGGUCAAUUGGUGCUACCUUGGGGGGAUUUGGAGGAGGCGACACCAAUGCAAAGACUGCCACGAGUCCUGUCCGCUUCAUUAUUAAAGGACACUAUUAUCACAUCCUGCAAGGCGAAAUUUGAUAAGUCUUACUACAAAGGGGUUCCUUGUCCUGUAGAUAGUUCAUCUGAUACUACCACCAUGGACUUUAUGAUAAACUCCAAUUUAGGUGACGCAAAAGAACUUUUUGACAAAUGUGAAGAUUUUGACACAAUAAUGUUGCUUCUUCAAGAUGCUCAAACCAAACCACUUACCGAAGAGGAUUUCAAAGGUCCACAUUAUAUUUCUGAAAAACAAUUGGAAAAAGCUCACAAAAAAGAAGAAAAAUUGCAUACCUUGCGUCAACAACAAGCUGAAAAUUCAGCAAAUAAUGCAAAUGAAGUAAUACAACAAGAAGCUUUUCAAAUGCUACACGAAGUUGGUCCACCAUGGACAUGGUUGCAUCAGUUCACCGAAAAAGGUCAAAACACAGCCAGUUACAAUUUCAUUGAUCAAGAAUCUAUUAAAUCUUUUAUAACUGGAGAUUGUACUUCGUCCGUUGAAAGUUUUGAUCUAAUCAAAGAGGAACCCAAAGAAAUAGACGAGAAAUCUUCAAGCUCAUCUUGCAAGCAAGUUGGAUUAGAAUUAGAAAAUAAAUCCAGCAUCGAGAGCUUAAAAUCUCUUAUCGAAGAAGCAGAAAAACAACAUAAAUGUGAUACUGACAAAACUUCAAGUGUUAUCUCUUUUCUCAAAUCAGAUGAACAAACUAUUCUUCAAUUAACUGGAGAACCUUUCGAACCUCGCUUGAAUUUGCCAGAAGUAAUAAGUAUUCUUGAGAGAGCUGAAGCUAAUGGUUUAGUAUUCUCUAGCCUCGAACAAAUCAUAGAUCACAUCAGAAAGUCAUAUUUGGGUAAUGUUGCUGACUUUCCAACAAUAACAACCAAACCAGAAAAACAUCCUCCAUCGUGUCAGAUUGAUGAUAUUUCCUUGCUACCAAGUAAUGAAGGAUCAAUUUCCAUUCCAUCAGAAUGGAAAGAAACAAUACCAAAACAAGUUAACAAACCUCCCCCAACAAUUGACCCAACUCAACCAUCAGAAUCAAAACUUGACGAAGGACAUACUGCUUCAACUCAAAAGGACGAAAUUACAAAAGUCUUUGAAAAUACCGUGGGAAUACCACCCGAACAAGUAGCCAAGAUGCCAAAGUUCUGUUUCGAAACAAAAGAUGAAGAUGAAUUGGUUCUGGGAUUGGUCCCAGUGGCAAAACCUUUGGAAAAAGUCGAACUAGAAGAAGAUAUGGGAUCAGUUCUUUCGCGUAGCUCAGCGGACGGAAUUCAUGUAUCAGGAAGUGAAGGUGGCUAUCGUCAGGAUGAUGAAGAUAUAUUAAAAGAUGAAUCAGAAGUAUCCCCUAAAGAGAAGGCCUUAGUUGGUGACAGGGAUUAUUUUUGCUGUAUGACCGCUCCCACACUAAAACCACCAACUUACGAGCCACCACAACAAUACCAUUGUACAAUAAAAGCAAUGCCCGGAAUUGGAGCCACUGUGUCACAGAAAACCAUCGAUGACUUUCUGGCAUUCUUAAGAGUUCGCUCACGUAGCCAGAGAGGAUUAAUCAACCCGAGAAAUUUCAAGGAAGAAAGAUGUCCCGCUAUGGUGGACACAACACUGCACUUAUCCAAUUAGGUUAUUGGUGUUGUGAAGUCGUGACUCGUAGUAUGUCUCGACUUCGACGACACAAGCCGCCCCUAAAUGUCAGUACCCAGUCCGUCCAAACUAACUAACACGAGUAAAAGAGAUUGCUUGCAUUAGCACCACGCCAGCCAUCACAUCACCAAACCUUAAUCUGUCGCAAUUAAUUUAUGUUUUAUGUAUAUGUGUGACAUAAUUCGCUUUGGAAUAAACAACAUGUUAUUAAUUAAA